AUGGAAGAUGCAGCCGCUCCAAACUCAGGUUCCGAUUUAAACCUCGGAGGAAAACGCGGCAAAUCUAUCGAAGAAUGCCAAGACAUGAUUCAGCGAAGUUUCCGAAAUCCGAUAGUGAAGUUUCUGAUGGAGCAAAUGGAGAAAUCUGGAUGCAGAGUUGGAGAUAAUUUCGUUAAGGCUGUUAAGUGUACUGGUCCUGUAGCUGGUGGAUUCACUAAAGGAAGAGGGAUUACUGUGUGUAGUAACUAUUUGACGAUUCAAGAUGAAGUGAACCAAGUGGUUAUACAUGAGUUAAUCCAUGCUUAUGAUGAGUGUCGUGGCAAGAAUUUGGAUUGGACUAACUGUGCUCAUCAUGCUUGCAGUGAGAUACGUGCAGGUCAUUUAAGUGGUGAUUGCCAUUUCAAGAGAGAGCUUUUGAGGGGUUUCAUUAAGUUAAGAGGGCAUGAACAAGAAUGUAUAAAAAGAAGAGUGCUGAAAUCGCUUCGUGGCAACCCGUAUUGCUCUGAAGUGGCAGCUAAAGACGCUAUGGAAGCAGUGUGGGAUACUUGUUACAAUGACACUAAGCCUUUUGACAGAGCUCCUUAA